CAGGGAUUUGGCUUUAGGCGCCCAUCAAUGUCUCAAGUCACGCGGAUACGUAGGGCCACGCAAUCAAGCGCUAAACUUCGAGCUGUACAGUAUCAGCCUCAAUUGCUUUCCCUUUGUUCAUCCAAAAUGGCCGACAUGGAUGUCUUCGCUGCUAUGGGAAUCUCUGGCUUCGGUAAAUCGAACCAGAAAAAGAAGCUCGACCCCUCAAGAUUUGAUAAAAACAAACGAAGCGAGGUUCCUGCACCUGUACAUGCACCUGUCACGGUAUCUCUAGCGGGCUCAUCUUCUUUGCCAGCAGAAUACAAGGGCGAGAAAAGUGACGACGAAACCGAUAUUGGACCUUCACCACCUGCCCCUCAAACUUCAACAAAAGAUGACAACGAGGAAGAACCAGAAUAUGAUCCUGAUGACAUGGAGAACGACGAUGUAGACAAUGAAGUUCCUCAAUUUCCAACAACACACGAACUUAUACUCAAAGACCAUACGAAAGUGGUAUCAGCUCUAGCGUUAGACCCUUCUGGCGCUAGGAUAGUCUCCGGCUCCCAUGAUUAUGACUGUAAAUUGUGGGAUUUCGGUGGUAUGGAUACGAGGUGUAAGCCUUUCAAGAGCUGGGAGCCAUCCGGAAGCUAUCAUAUUCAUGAUAUCAAGUACUCGAACGAUGGCCAGAGGUUUCUGGUGAUAUCAGGAACCCUACAAGCCAAGUUGUAUGAUAGAGAUGGAGAAGAACAAGCUACUUUCAUAAAGGGCGAUCCUUACAUCCGUGAUAUGAAAAAUACCGCUGGACAUGUAGGGGAACUCUCUACCUGUGCAUGGCAUCCCAAGGACUCUCAAUUAUUCAUCACGUCUUCCGCAGAUUCCACAAUUCGAAUUUGGGAUGUGGAGAAUAAACGAAAGCAAAAGACCGUUAUCGUGGUCAAGUCAAAGGAACGAGGUGCGAGGACCAAGGUUCUUUCAUGCGCUUAUUCUCCCGAUGGCGGAAUGAUUGGCGGAGUAUGCUUGGAUGGGGCAUUACAUAUGUGGAAUACGAGCUCCAAUUUUGUAAGGCCGAACCUCAGUAUCGAAAACGCACAUGUGAAAGGGACCGAAACCGGGUCAUUAGUCUUUUCAGUCGAUGGAAGGACGGUCCUGACCAGGGGAGGUGACGAUACCGUGAAGCUCUGGGAUUUAAGGGCAUUUAAGAAACCUUUGGGCACUCGCUCAGAGUUGCCUACGCUUUAUCCCAAUACGAACGCUAUCUUUAGCCCGGACGACAAGUACGUUGUUACAGGGGCAGGUGCGAGUGUCAAGGGUGGUACGGGACGACUAUUGUUCAUGCGUAAAGACAAUUUGGAGAUUGAAAAGACCUUGGAAGUCGGUGCUACACCUGUGAAGGUCUAUUGGCACUCUAAAAUCAAUCAGAUUGUGACAGGCCUGUCGAAUGGCCAGAUAUGUGUGCUGUAUUCGCCUCAUACAUCGUUGAACGGCGCAAAACUGUUGUUGAACAAGGGUCCACCGAGGAAGGUAACAAUCGAAGACAUGUCAGAUGCACUCGCUGCUCCUGCUAUCCUCACUCCACAUGCUCUUCCGAUGUUUCGAGACGGAGAUGGUAUUGUUCGAGGUGGCAAACGAAAGAGGGAGAAGGACAGGAUGGAUCCCAGGAAAAGCCGAAGGCCAGAAUUACCCGUUACAGGACCUGGAAAAGGAGGUCGAGUUGGAGCGAGUGCCACGCAACAUGUUGUGCAAAAUCUGGUGCGGGAUACAACGCGGGACGAAGACCCUCGAGAAGCACUUCUUCGAUAUGCGACAGCUGCUAACGAGGACCCUCAAUGGACAGCAGCUUGGAAUGAAAAUCAACCACGACCAGUAUUUGCGGAUGUUUCUGACAAUGAAGAUGGAGAGGAAAAGUAGGAUGGAGCCGACAUUGGUAGGCAACGAGAAAGAGAAGGAGGCACAAAGAAUCCGAAUGGAAACAGGAGAUAAUAGCUCGCUGAUGGUCCGUGCGCAGGGUUGGCGCGUGAUCAAAUUCUUCCAUAUAUAAGGCAGUAAGCAUAUAUCAAAGCCCCAAAUCUGACCCCCCUAAUUUUUUUCC